ACAACUGAAAGUAGGCUACAGGGACUAGGUUUAACCGAUAGAUAAGACCUUAUUAUAGAUUGUUAAAUCGUUCCUUCUAAAACACAUACGUCUAUCAGACAAAAAAGUGAUCCUCGGGACAUCGUAAGACGAAAGUGAUGGCUGAGUCAAGAAUGACAGAGUCACCGCACCUUAGGAUUGUCCUGUUAGGCAAGACAGGCGUUGGGAAGAGUGCAUCAGGAAACAGCAUCCUGGGAAGAAAAGUGUUUCUGUCCAAACGGAGUUUAGUCUCUGUGACAAAAGAUUGUGCAGAAGACAUGUGCGUAAUUAAUGGUCGUAAUAUCUCUGUGGUGGACACUGUGGGUAUUUUCAACACUAACAGCUCUGAUGGACUGAUUGAGGCAGAGUGCAAGCGGGCCAUGGAAUCUCCUGUCCCCUGUGUUUUCCUUGUGGUAAUAAAAGUGGACAGGUUCACAAAGGAAGAGCAAGAAGCCGUGGAGAGAAUUGAAGACAUAGUUGGUAAAGAGGGAAUGGAAAGAAGCUGUAUCCUUUUGACACAUGGUGACAUGGCAGAUGAGCUGACAGUGGAUGAAAUGAUUCAAGAAGAAGGAGCUGAAGACUUCAGUGAAGCGGUGAUGAAAUUCCAGGGGAGGUGCUAUCUGUUCGACAAUAAGAUUGAGAGUCGUGAUCAGGUUGACAAUCUUCUGACCAAACUAGAACCACUCCAAAAGACUGCUUCCAACAUGAAUUCAGAAAACACCACGGAGAGCUCAGCUGAGAGAAGAAUUGUGUUACUGGGCAGAAGUGGAGUUGGGAAGAGUGCAUCAGGAAACACCAUUUUGGGUCUGAGAGGAUCAGAGCAGUUCAGGUCUGACUGUAGCUUUAACUCAGUAACAGAAAAAAGCGAGGCCAAAUCAGCAGUAGUGGCAGGAAGGGAAGUCAAGGUGAUAGACACACCUGGCCUCUCCAAGGGGAAACACACUCCUCAGCAUGUGUUUAAUGAGAUGAUGAAGAGUUGCCUGCUCGCUGAAGAGGGGCUGCAUGCCUUUGUCUUAGUGAUUGAACUGGGCAGGUUUGAAAAGAAUGAUGAUGAGAUAAUUUACUUACUCAAAAAGGCAUUUGGUAAGGAGGCCUUAAAAUAUGCAGUGGUUCUGUUCACACAUGGUGAUAGACUCAGCAGCCAAAACAUUGAACAAAAUAUACAGGCAAACGAGGAUCUUAAAAAUCUUGUGGAAAUGUGUGGUGGCAGAUACUGUAUCUUCAACAACACAUCCAUGAACAACGAACGGCAGGUUAGGGAGUUGUUUACGAAGGUAGAUGAGAUGGUACAAGUCAAUGGUGCUACAGCCUAUGUUGGUGAGAUUGUCGGCAUAGCGCGCACUAUCAUGCGAGAACUAAGAGAGACCGCUACAGAUUACAGAGAUAGGCUGAGUACUGCCUGGAGACGCUUUUGCGUCUGGGUGGUCGCCAUCUGGGUAGCAAUGCGUGAAUCUUUUACACGUUUUUUGAAAAACGCCAUCAUCUGUUCCAGAACAUUUCCCCACACACUUGCCCACAAUUACAGCGAUCUUUCACAAAUGUGCUAAUUCACAGGUCAUUUGAAUCAUCUGGAAAUAUUUACAGACAAUUGAGGAUACAUUUUAAAGGUUAUUUUCGACGUACCCAUGUUGCUGUAGAUACUUGUUAGUGGAUAGAACCACGGGGUGGCAGGGUAGCCUAGUGGUUAGAGAGUUCGACUAGUAACCGCAAGGUUGCAAGUUCAAAUCCUAGAGCUGACAAAGUAUAAAUCUGUCGUUCUGCCCCUGAACAGGCAGUUAACCCACUGUUCCUAGACCGUCAUUGUAAAUAAAAAUUUGUUCUGACUUGCCUAGUUAAAGGUUAAAAAAUAUAUAUAUAUAAGAAUUACCAGGGCAGUUGUCAUCAGAGAUUGCAGGACUAUCAGGGCAGGUGUAAUCGGGAGGGAUUAGAUAUGGAGAAGGAUGCGACUGAACAAACUAUCACGUGUAAGGAUGAAUGACAUCACACAUCCCUCAAAUAAUCUUUCUCAUUUAUUAACAGAGGGCCAAGGUGUUCCAUCUCAUUUAUUAACAGAGUGCCAAGGUGUUCCAUCUCAUUUAUUAACAGAGGGCCAAGGUGUUCCAUCUCAUUUAUUAACAGAGGGCCAAGGUGUUCCAUCUCAUUUAUUAACAGAGGGCCAAGGUGUUCCAUCUCAUUUAUUAACAGAGGGCCAAGGUGUUCCAUCUCAUUUAUUAACAGAGGGCCAAGGUGUUCCAUCUCAUUUAUUAACAGAGGGCCAAGGUGUUCCAUCUCAUUUAUUAACAGAGGGCCAAGGUGUUCCAUCUCAUUUAUUAACAGAGGGCCAAGGUGUUCCAUCUCAUUUAUUAACAGAGGGCCAAGGUGUUCCAUCUCAUUUAUUAACAGAGGGCCAAGGUGUUCCAUCUCAUUUAUUAACAGAGGGCCAAGGUGUUCCAUCUCAUUUAUUAACAGAGGGCCAAGGUGUUCCAUCUCAUUUAUUAACAGAGGGCCAAGGUGUUCCAUCUCAUUUAUUAACAGAGUGCCAAGGUGUUCCAUCUCAUUUAUUAACAGAGGGCCAAGGUGUUCCAUCUCAUUUAUUAACAGAGGGCCAAGGUGUUCCAUCUCAUUUAUUAACAGAGGGCCAAGGUGUUCCAUCUCAUUUAUUAACAGAGGGCCAAGGUGUUCCAUCUCAUUUAUUAACAGAGGGCCAAGGUGUUCCAUCUCAUUUAUUAACAGAGGGCCAAGGUGUUCCAUCUCAUUUAUUAACAGAGGGCCAAGGUGUUCCAUCUCAGUUAUUAAUAGAGGGCCAAGGUGUUCCAUCUAAUUUAUUAACAGAGUGCCAAGGUGUUCCAUCUCAUUUAUUAACAGAGGGCCAACCUCAAUACUCACCUCAAUAUUCACCUCAAUACUCACCUCAAUAUUCACCUCAAUACUCACCUCCAAUAUUCACCUCAAUAUUCACCUCAAUACUCACCUCCAAUAUUCACCUCAAUACUCACCUCCAAUAUUCACCUCAAUACUCACAUCAAAACACAAAAAGCAAAACACAUUCAUAGAAAACAAACACAUGCUUCAGUAAAAAGGUGCUCGAUAUAUUUGAAUUGUAUAUGAUCACAAUUGGCCCAGUGUCGUCCGGGUUUGGCCGGGGGAGGCCGUCAAUUGUAAAUACAAAUUUUUUUCUUGCCUAGUUAAAUAAAAUAAAAACAUUUCAACUUUAAGGAUAUUAUGAGAUUUUUUUGGUCCGUUUCAAAAUUUGAUUGUGUAUGGAGGCCUUUUUUGUUUAUAAAUGUUUUUAUUAUUAUUUUUUAAAUCUUUCUAAAUGUAAUGUAUCUCACUGUUUCUUGUGCUUUUUAAUACAUUAUAUUACAUGUUAAACAGCAAAAGGUUUAUGAAAUAAUAAAAUAACUCUUUCUCUCA